AACAUGCCUAUAUUCAAUACUAAAGAAAGAGACACUCACGUGCAUACAUUCAGGUUCACCAAAUAAUCCCAAAAGAAUCAUCGACAAAUCAACAACAAAUCCCAAGCUCUGAUUUCUACCGAAGAUAUGUCCUUAAUUAACUAUUCACACAAAACCCUUCACGCCAUAGGUGGCUGGCUUGGUUGCUAAUGCUAUUAUCCCCUUUACUUAUUGUUUGAAAGGGACAUUUUGUUCUUAUUUUAACUACAUAUUCCACAUCACUGUUACAAAACAAUAAGGUUAAGACAGCAACAUAGUUUUGAGCUUUCCUUGGUAGUAUCUACAAUGAAAUGCUCACUUUUGAUCAUAUUUAAGCAAGCCCCUUGAGAUUGUUAACAUCACAGACAAUGGGAGUUGUUCAGACAUGUUUUCUGUUUGUGCUAGUGAGUUUGUUGUGUGUGGAAUCAAAGUACAUAAAGUAUGAUACAAGUUCAGUUAUUGUUCCUGGGAAGAUUAAUGUUCACUUGGUGGCUCAUACCCAUGAUGAUGUUGGCUGGUUAAAGACUGUUGAUCAGUACUAUGUUGGGUCUAACAAUUCCAUUCAGGGUGCUUGUGUUCAAAAUGUGCUGGAUUCUAUAGUGCCUGCAUUGUUGGCUGAUAAGAAUAGAAAGUUCAUAUAUGUUGAGCAGGCCUUCUUCCAGCGUUGGUGGAGAGAUCAGAGCGAGGAAGUGCAAAAUGUAGUCAAGCAGCUUGUCAUCUCGGGUCAGCUUGAGCUAAUAAAUGGAGGUAUGUGCAUGCAUGAUGAGGCAGCUCCACAUUAUAUUGACAUGAUUGAUCAAACAACUCUGGGGCAUCAAUUCAUCAAGGAAGAAUUUAAUGUGACUCCAAGAAUUGGCUGGCAAAUUGAUCCCUUUGGACAUUCUGCAGUGCAGGCUUACCUGUUGGGGGCAGAGGUUGGAUUUGACUCCUUUUUCUUUGGAAGAAUUGACUAUCAAGAUAGAACAAAACGAAAAGGUGAUAAGAGUCUCGAGGUUGUCUGGCGAGGAUCUAAAAGCCUUGGUUCAUCUGCACAGAUAUUUGCCGGUGCAUUCCCUCAGAAUUAUGAACCUCCAAGUAACCUCUACUAUGAAGUUAAUGAUGAUUCCCCUAUUCUCCAGGAUAACCCCAAUUUGUUUGAUUACAAUGUCGCUGAGCGAGUGAAUGAGUUCGUAUCAGCUGCAAUGGAUCAAGCUAAUAUAACUCGGACAAAUCAUGUGAUGUGGACUAUGGGGACGGAUUUCAAGUACCAGUAUGCUCACACUUGGUACAAGCAAAUGGACAAGUUCAUUCACUAUGUAAAUCAGGAUGGGCGUGUCAAUGCCCUAUACUCAACCCCAUCAAUAUAUACUGAUGCAAAAUAUGCAACAAAUGAGUCCUGGCCUCUUAAGACUGACGAUUUCUUUCCAUAUGCAGACAGUGCAAAUGCUUAUUGGACUGGAUAUUUUACGAGCAGGCCAGCCCUCAAAGGCUAUGUUAGAAAGAUGAGUGGCUACUAUUUGGCAGCAAGGCAAUUGGAGUUUUUCAAGGGAAGGAGUAAAGCAAGAACCAACACAGAUUCUCUGGCUGAUGCUUUAGCUAUUGCUCAACAUCAUGAUGCAGUUAGUGGCACGUCAAAGCAGCAUGUGGCAAAUGAUUAUGCCAAGCGGCUCGCAAUAGGAUAUGCGGAGGCUGAAGAGGUGGUUGGAGAAUCACUUUCCUGUAUUGCAGAAUCGGCAUCAAAAGGAGGUUGCAUGAGUCCAACGAACAAGUUCCAACAGUGUCUCCUUCUGAAUAUAAGUUACUGCCCUCCAUCAGAAGUUGAUCUUUCAAAUGGAAAGAGCCUGGUGGUUGUUGUCUACAAUUCCUUAGGAUGGAAAAGAGAGGAUGUUAUAAGGAUUCCUGUUAUUAAUGAGAAUGUGGCUGUUAAGGAUGCUGGAGGAAAAGAAAUUGAAUCGCAGCUCUUACCUCUGCUGAAGGCCUCUGUAGGCAUAAGGGACUACUAUUCGAAGGCAUAUUUGAGCAUGGCCUCAAAUGUAACCCCCAAGUACUGGCUUGCAUUUACAGCAUCUCUACCACCUCUUGGUUUCAACACUUACAUUAUUUCCAGUUCCAGCUCAACUGCUAAGCGAGCAGCUUCUACUUCAAGCCAAUUAUAUGACACAAAAGCGAGUCAAAACGAUACAGUUGAAAUAGGACCAGGGAACUUAAAAUUGAUCUAUUCCGGGAAAGGAGAGCUUACUCAGUAUAUCAACAGCAGGAGCUUGGUCAAGGCAUCUGUAGAGCAAUCAUAUAGUUAUUAUGCUGGAGAUAAUGGAAGCAAGGAUAAACAGGCCUCUGGAGCAUACAUCUUCCGACCAAAUGGCACAUAUUCCAUCAACUCUGAAGGACAGGAUGUUUUUACUGUUUUGCGUGGACCUUUAUUGGAUGAAGUGCACCAGCAGAUCAGUUCGUGGAUAUAUCAGAUAACCAGAGUUUACAAGGGAAAAGAGCAUGCUGAAGUUGAGUUUACUGUUGGGCCAAUACCUAUUGAAGAUGGAAUCGGCAAAGAGGUUGUAACGAAGAUCACAACAACUGUGAAAAACAACAAAAAGUUUUAUACAGAUUCUAGUGGGCGUGAUUUCAUAGAAAGGGUUCGAGACUACAGAAAAGACUGGGAACUGCAAGUGAACCAACCUAUUGCAGGAAAUUAUUACCCUAUUAAUCUCGGGCUUUAUAUGCAAGAUAAUAGCUCAGAGUUCUCCGUCCUAGUUGAUCGAUCUGUGGGGGGAUCAAGUAUUGUGGAUGGGCAGUUGGAAUUAAUGCUCCACAGGAGGUUACUUUUUGAUGAUGCCAGAGGUGUUGGAGAGGCACUAAAUGAAACAGUUUGUGUUCUUGAAGAUUGCAGAGGAUUGACCAUUGUAGGAAAGUACUUCCUCAGAAUAGAUCCUUUACGAGAGGGUGCCAAGUGGCGUCGAUCAUAUGGUCAAGAGAUAUAUUCUCCCUUACUCUUAGCCUUCGCAGAGCAGGAUGGAGAUAGUUGGGCAAGCUCUCAUAUAGCAACCUUUUCCGCAAUGGACCCCUCUUAUGCUCUACCUGACAAUGUUGCGAUAUUAACCCUCCAGGAGUUGAAUGAUGGAAAGGUUCUCCUUCGGUUAGCACACUUAUAUGAGGUUGGGGAGGACAAGGAUCUGUCAGUAAUGGCAAGUGUAGAACUGAAAAGGGUGUUCCCAAAUAAGAAGAUCAGCAAGAUAACAGAGACAAGUUUAUCAGCCAACCAAGAAAGAGUAGAAAUGGAGAAGAAGAGGCUAGUCUGGAAAGUAGAAGGCUCUUCAGGAGAAGAACCUAAAGUGGUGAGGGGAGGACCUAUCGAUCCAACAACACUAGUUGUUGAACUAGCCCCAAUGGAAAUUCGUACCUUCCAUAUCACCUUUGAUUAAAUUUGACUUUGUGCAAGAAAAAUUCUUGCGAUCGGAUCAUGUUCUUUAACCAAAUUUCUUGGCUCUGAAAGUCAUUUUUGGUUCUUAUUGUUGAUAUCAAAUGUUUGUAAGCUUUCCAAAAUGUAGAUCUUGUUCAGGCUCCUCAUGUGUAGCUACUCAAAUAAAAUUUAUCUCAUUGAUAUAUCAAUAAAGUUUAGCUAAUCUUCAACAUUA